AUGGCGGGCACCGUGCUUGGAGUGGGUGUGGGUGUGUUCAUCCUGGCCCUGCUCUGGGUGUUAGUGCUGCUGCUGUGUGCGCUGCUGUGCCGAGCCUCUGGUGUAGCUAGGUUCUCUGUCAUUUUUGUAUUCCUUGGUGCUCUGAUCAUCACAUCAGUUCUGUUGCUUUUCCCCAGAGCCAGUGAAUUCCCAACCCCAGAGGUGGAAAUUAAGAUUGUGGACGCCUUUUUCAUUGGCCGCUAUGUCCUGCUGGCUUUCCUCAGUGCUGUCUUUCUUGGAGGACUCUUCUUGGUUCUAAUUCAUCAUCUCCUGGAGCCCAUCUAUGCCAAACCACUCCGGUCCUCCUGAUCACUGUUCAAGAAAACUGAGACCCUGUCCUCUCCAUUUCGAUGUCAUUGAUAAGCAGCAAGGCACUCUUCAGAACCUUAUUUUGACAGCCUUCGUGCCUGAAGGUCUGAGGAUCUCCAUGAUCACUCUGAUGAAUCCCUUGAGUCCUGGGUUCCAGAAUUCUUCCUGUGGGGAUAAAUUCUCACCAGCUUAAGAAGCAAUGGUGCUGUCUUCUUACCACCAGUACCACCUGUUUUGAAAGGGAAAUAGUAGCAGUGAUCUGCUUAGAGUAGAUUUUCAAUCAGGAUGCUAGUAAGUGGAUUUUGGGAAAAGGAGCAUUUUGGCUUCUGUUGUCAAAUAUGCAGAAGAACCUGACCCUUUUGGAUAAUGUGUACAAUUCCAUAUUGAAUGUAUUGGUGUAUUGAAAUGAUCAGAAGAACAUUUGGAAAGGAAAGGUGCUCAAAGUUCAAAGGUUAUUUUAAUAUGACAAUUUGGAAAACUUAUUUAGAUGUUGGUUGUUGGCUACUCUGUGCAUAUUAGUCCACAGAACUCUAAAGGCAUGGGGGUCUCACUUCCUUUGGUCCUAUUCCUGGGCUGACCGUCACUUAAAACUCCUGGCCACAGCUUUCGGAAUCUACAUUUCAAGUUUGCUUGGGGAAUUAAAGGAAACGUGUGGAAAUGUUGGGUUUUUUGUCUUACUGCUCUGUACUUUCAGGGUUCUUUUCCUUCUGGGAGUUGAUGACCUCUGUGUAUAUUACUGAGUUACUGUAAGAGUCCAUUCUGAGUUACUGUCAUCUCUCUUCAUCUUGGUGGCCCUUUCUCCAAAGCUGGUGAGGAAUGUAUCUUCUCAGGACUAAAUGUAACCUUACAGCUGCCUGAGAGCCCAGACCAAGUGAGGCUUGUUAUUAAGCAGAGGAGCUCUGGGCUGGUUCUGCUUUGGAAGUCUCAUCCCGACUCCCUGAGCUAGUCAAAGAGGAGUUUUCUGGCCUAAAAUUAAGAACUAGAGAACAGUUU